AUGACACAAUCGAAACUUGGCUGCGUUUUCGCAGUUGCCGCCUUUGUUGGAGUGACGUAUGACUGGGCACUUACUUUUGGACAAGAGGUUGAAUUGGUCUGGGUGCGCUACCUUGGAAUCUUAUUUGCUGCCCAGUCUUCCGACCAUCUUGCUGACAGAUACAGUCGGAUUAUAUACUUCAUAUGGAAUUGGAUAGGUGUUUUGGUAUUUGCGAUGCUGUGGGUCAUCAUCAUCACUCGGUUGCAUGCCAUGUAUCAAGGAUCCAGAAAGAUCCUGAUAUUUCUCAUUGCCACCUUCCUGGCUGUCAACGUUUUUGACGGAGUGGUCGCCAUAAUAAUAACGAUGCAUACUUCAGGGGAGGAAUAUAUUCUCUCCGGCACUUAUAUGUGCCAGUGGAACUAUCCGGAAUAUGUCUUACUUCUGGGUUCCAUUACUUGGAUACUCGCAACUGUGUGGGAGGUCCUCGCACUAUGUCUCGCAGUCUGGAUUGCUGUAAAACACUUCCGUGAGCUGCGACGUUAUUCGGCAGGAGGGAUUAUCGGAAACUGUUUCUCGGUGUUGAUCAAAACUCACAUGGCAUACUUUGCGAGCUUUGUUGCUGUUUCUUGCUUCCAGCUCAUUUUUCAAUUAUCUCCAACAAUCUUGGCGGGCCAAAAUCUCCUAAAAGCUCAGACCCUUAGUGGCUUGAUUCAGAUUUCGACAGUCGUGCAGAUGUUUGUGCUGGGACCACGCCUGAUCCUCGGCGUUCGAGAAUACCACGCUAAGCUCGUGGCCAACUCCGACGCAGCAUCUCCUAUGACUUCUAUCGCUUUCCAGGAGCGCGUGCAUGUGUCGACUAACAGUAGAAGCAGGGAAAUUUGUGUCACGGCUUUCUCUCCAUUCCAAGCCUCGUAA